CGCUAGGCCUAGUCCCUACUUCCGGUUUUCCUUUUCCUCGCAACUUCCUUUCCUGCUCCAAAAUCGAAGAGCAAUGGCCAAGAGAACCAAGAAGGUCGGAAUUGUCGGUAAAUACGGCACCAGGUAUGGCGCCUCCCUCAGAAAGACGGUGAAAAAGAUGGAAAUUACACAGCACAGCACUUACAUAUGUCCCUUCUGUGGAAAGGAGGCUAUGAAGAGGAAAGCUGUCGGCAUUUGGGAGUGUUCUCGAUGUGCCAAAGUUGUCGCCGGAGGUGCCUGGGUUUACUCAACGACAGCAGCUGCUCAAGUCCGCAGUGCUAUCCGUCGUCUGAGAGAAAUGAAGGAGAUCUAAGUUAAUAAAAUGAGAUAAAGUUUCA